GCAACAUGCCUGAGCCAGCCAAGUCCGCGCCCAAGAAGGGCUCCAAGAAAGCCGUGACCAAGACCGCCGGCAAAGGAGGCAAAAAGAAGAAGAGGACCAGGAAGGAGAGCUAUGCCAUCUACGUGUACAAGGUGCUCAAGCAGGUCCAUCCCGACACCGGCAUCUCGUCCAAGGCCAUGAGCAUCAUGAACUCGUUCGUCAACGACAUCUUCGAGCGCAUCGCCGGAGAAGCGUCUCGCCUGGCUCACUACAACAAGCGCUCCACCAUCUCUUCCCGGGAGAUCCAGACCGCCGUGCGCCUGCUCCUCCCCGGUGAGCUGGCCAAGCACGCCGUGUCCGAGGGAACAAAGGCCGUCACCAAGUACACCAGCUCCAAGUAAAUGGUCGGCUGACUAUUUCACCACAACGGCUCUUUUCAGAGCCACCCACUUUAUCUGACGAGCUUUGCUGUUGUUGCCAGCAUAUAUUUAGUGGUUUUCCAUGCAUGUCGACUCAAUUAAAGCUUCAAACACAACUGAUGACCAUCUCAGAA